AGAGGGAGAGAGACGGAUAUCUCAGGUCAUCUGCAGCUGCAGCGAGUCUGAGGAGCCGAGGAAGGCAGGGAAGAUGGCGAUCCUCCAUUGCUGAGACCCGGCAGAAGCACAUGAGACUCCCAAACAACUUCCACAACAAUAACCCGAGCAGGAAGAGGAGAAAGAGAAAGAGGAUAAGGAGGCGGUGGGGCUGGAGAACCCGAAGCACCUCCCGGCGCCGGGACGCUUCUUCUGUUCCUAAUGUGAGAGGGUAGACCCAGAUCAUGGAGGUGCUUCAGUGUGAUGGCUGUGAUUUCAGAGCCCCGUCUUAUGAAGAUCUCAAGGCACACAUUCAGGAUGUCCACACGGCAUUUCUGCAGCCAACUGAUGUUGCUGAGGACAAUGUGAAUGAGCCACGAUGUGGGUCCAUGAAUGCCAGUAAUCAGACAGAGGUGGAGUUUUCUUCUAUAAAGGAUGAAUUUGCCAUUGCAGAAGAUUUAUCAGGUCAAAAUGCAACUGCAUUGGGGACCGGAGGUUACUAUGGCCACAGUCCAGGAUAUUAUGGUCAGCAUAUUGCCGCUAAUCCCAAACCAACAAACAAGUUUUUUCAAUGCAAGUUCUGUGUACGCUACUUCAGGUCAAAAAACCUCCUCAUAGAACACACUAGAAAGGUCCAUGGAGCUCAAGCUGAAGGGAGUUCAUCAGGACCCCCUGUCCCGGGAUCCUUAAAUUAUAAUAUCAUGAUGCACGAGGGAUUUGGAAAGGUCUUCUCUUGCCAGUUUUGCACAUACAAGUCACCAAGAAGGGCAAGAAUAAUGAAGCAUCAGAAGAUGUAUCACAAAAACAAUUUGAAGGAGACCACUGCUCCCCCACCUGCUCCUGCUCCAAUGCCAGACCCUGUGGUUCCGCCCGUAUCACUGCAGGACCCCUGCAAGGAACUGCCAGCAGAGGUUGUGGAGCGCAGCAUCUUAGAGUCUAUGGUCAAGCCUUUGACCAAAUCUCGAGGCAACUUUUGUUGUGAGUGGUGCAGCUACCAGACCCCCCGCCGAGAACGCUGGUGUGACCACAUGAUGAAGAAACACCGCAGUAUGGUCAAGAUCCUUUCCAGUCUCAGACAGCAACAAGAAGGAACUAAUCUACCUGAUGUGCCGAACAAGAGUGCCCCCAGCCCCACUUCCAACUCCACCUAUCUGACCAUGAAUGCUGCAAGCCGGGAGAUACCCAAUAUUACCGUCUCCAACUUCAGGGGCUCCAUGGGCAACUCCAUCAUGAGACCCAAUUCUUCAGCUUCCAAGUUUUCGCCCAUGUCUUACCCUCAGAUGAAGCCGAAGUCACCUCACAAUUCUGGUCUAGUUAACUUGACAGAGAGAUCCCGUUAUGGAAUGACUGACAUGACCAAUUCUUCUGCUGACCUGGAAACUAACAGCAUGCUAAAUGACUCUAGUUCUGAUGAAGAGUUAAAUGAAAUAGACAGUGAGAAUGGUUUAAGUGCUAUGGAUCACCAGACAUCAGGCCUGUCUGCAGAGCAGCUGAUGGGCUCAGAUGGCAACAAAUUAUUGGAGACCAAGGGGAUUCCAUUUAGAAGAUUCAUGAAUAGGUUCCAGUGCCCUUUUUGUCCUUUCCUCACCAUGCAUCGACGUAGCAUCUCUCGUCACAUAGAAAACAUCCACUUAUCUGGAAAGACAGCUGUCUAUAAAUGUGACGAAUGUCCGUUUACUUGCAAGAGCUCGUUGAAACUUGGGGCUCACAAACAGUGUCACACGGGUACAACGUCAGAUUGGGAUGCUGUGAAUUCCCAGAGUGAAAGCAUUUCUUCCUCACUGAAUGAAGGUGUGGUGUCUUAUGAGAGCUCAAGCAUCAAUGGUAGAAAGUCAGGAGUCAUGUUGGAUCCCUUGCAGCAGCAACAGCCACCGCAGCCACCACCACCGCCGCCGCCACCACCACCAUCACAGCCACAGCCACUGCAGCAGCCACAGCCACCACAGCUGCAGCCACCACAUCAGGUGCCACCCCAGCCACAAACACAGCCACCACCACCGCAGCAGCCACAGCCACCCACACAAGCCGCACCUCUGCACCCAUACAAAUGCACCAUGUGUAAUUACUCCACCACAACUCUGAAAGGGCUAAGAGUCCAUCAGCAGCAUAAACAUUCAUUCUGUGACAACUUGCCAAAAUUCGAGGGGCAGCCCUCAAGCCUACCAUUGGAAAAUGAGACAGACAGCCACCCCUCUUCCAGCAACACUGUGAAGAAAAGUCAGACCUCAAUUCUUGGGUUGUCCUCCAAGAACAAUUUUGUAGCUAAAGCCUCUAGGAAGCUCGCCAAUGACUUUCCUCUAGAUUUGUCACCCGUGAAGAAGAGAACCAGGAUUGACGAGAUAGCAAGCAACCUUCAGAGCAAAAUUAACCAAACCAAACAGCAGGAAGAUGCAGUGAUCAAUGUUGAGGAUGAUGAAGAGGAAGAGGAAGACAACGAAGUCGAGAUAGAGGUUGAGUUGGACAGGGAGGAAGAACCAACAGAACCCAUCAUAGAGGUUCCCACUUCCUUUUCUGCCCAACAGAUAUGGGUAAGAGAUACCAUUGAGCCCCAGAAAGAGCCCAACUUCAGAAACAUCACCCACGAUUACAAUGCCACCAAUGGGGCUGAGAUUGAGCUCACCCUUUCUGAAGAUGAAGAGGAUUAUUAUGGCUCCUCAACAAACUUGAAAGAUCACCAAGUUUCCAAUACUGCUCUGCUGAAUACCCAAACUCCCAUCUAUGGGACUGAGCACAAUAGUGAAAACACAGACUUUGGUGACUCUGGAAGGCUUUACUAUUGUAAACACUGUGACUUUAACAACAAAUCUGCCCGGAGUGUUAGCACCCACUACCAACGAAUGCACCCAUACAUUAAAUUCAGCUUUAGGUACAUCUUGGACCCCAACGAUCACAGUGCAGUGUACAGGUGCCUGGAAUGCUACAUCGAUUACACCAACUUCGAAGAUCUCCAGCAGCAUUAUGGUGAGCACCACCCAGAAGCCAUGAAUGUACUCAACUUUGAUCACUCGGACCUGAUCUACCGGUGUCGGUUUUGUUCAUACACGAGCCCGAAUGUUAGAAGCCUGAUGCCACAUUACCAAAGAAUGCAUCCCACGGUGAAGAUCAACAACGCGAUGAUAUUUUCAAGCUAUGUCGUGGAGCAGCAGGAAGGGCUGAAUACGGAAUCCCAGACCCUGAGGGAGAUUCUGAAUUCGGCUCCCAAGAACAUGGCGACUUCCACACCUGUGGCUCGUGGUGGUGGUUUGCCAGCUACGUUCAACAAAAACACUCCUAAGACCUUUACUCCUGAAUGUGAAAAUCAGAAGGACCCUUUGGUCAACACUGUUGUUGUUUAUGAUUGUGAUGUUUGUUCGUUUGCGAGCCCCAACAUGCAUUCUGUCUUGGUUCAUUAUCAGAAGAAACACCCCGAAGAAAAGGCUUCCUACUUUAGGAUCCAGAAAACUAUGCGAAUGGUGUCUGUGGACAGGGGCUCUGCCCUUUCUCAAUUAUCAUUUGAGGUGGGUGCUCCAAUGUCUCCCAAAAUGUCCAACAUGGGUUCCCCACCCCCCCCACAACCCCCGCCACCAGACCUCAGUACUGAGCUUUACUACUGCAAACACUGUUCCUACAGCAAUCGGUCAGUUGUGGGAGUGCUUGUCCACUACCAGAAAAGACACCCAGAAAUAAAGGUUACUGCCAAAUAUAUCAGACAGGCUCCUCCCACAGCUGCAAUGAUGAGAGGGGUCGAAGGGCCCCAAGGCUCCCCCCGGCCACCCGCCCCCAUACAACAGCUGAACCGAAGCAGCUCUGAGAGAGAUGGCCCUCCUGUGGAGAAUGAGAUGUUCUUUUGCCAGCACUGUGAUUAUGGGAACCGGACGGUCAAAGGGGUACUCAUUCAUUAUCAGAAGAAGCACCGAGACUUCAAGGCCAACGCAGAUGUGAUCCGGCAGCAUACGGCCACCAUUCGAAGCCUCUGCGACCGAAAUCAGAAGAAGCCUGCCAGCUGCGUGCUUGUCUCCCCCUCUAAUCUGGAGCGGGACAAAACGAAACUCCGAGCACUCAAAUGUAGGCAGUGCUCAUAUACCUCCCCCUACUUCUAUGCACUGAGGAAGCAUAUCAAGAAAGACCACCCCGCCCUGAAAGCCACAGUCACGUCCAUCAUGCGAUGGGCAUUUCUAGAUGGCUUGAUAGAAGCUGGCUACCACUGCGAGUGGUGCAUCUACUCCCAUACGGAGCCCAACGGUUUGCUCCUGCAUUACCAACGGAGGCAUCCAGAACACUAUGUUGAUUACACCUACAUGGCUACUAAACUGUGGGCUGGGCCAGACCCAUCCCCUCCCUCUCUCACAAUGCCAGCCGAAGCCAAAACCUACAGAUGCAGGGACUGUGUUUUCGAAGCUGUCUCCAUCUGGGACAUCACUAAUCACUACCAAGCAUUCCACCCCUGGGCCAUGAAUGGUGAUGAGUCAGUGCUGCUGGACAUCAUCAAGGAGAAAGAUGCUGUGGAGAAGCCCAUUCUUUCAUCCGAAGAGUUGGCAGGCCCUGUGAAUUGUGAAAACAGUAUACCCACCCCUCUCCCGGAGCAGGAAGCUGAAUGUCCAGAGGAUGCAAGACUGUCCCCUGAGAAAAGCCUGCAGCUAGCUUCAGCCAACCCCGCCAUAUCCUCCACCCCAUACCAGUGCACGGUAUGCCAAUCUGAGUAUAACAACUUGCACGGCCUUCUCACUCAUUAUGGGAAGAAGCACCCUGGCAUGAAAGUGAAGGCUGCUGACUUUGCCCAGGACAUUGACAUCAACCCAGGUGCCGUCUACAAAUGCAGGCAUUGCCCAUACAUCAACACCCGCAUCCACGGCGUACUGACCCACUACCAGAAGCGACACCCGUCCAUCAAGGUGACCGCUGAGGACUUUGUGCACGACGUAGAGCAGUCUGCUGACAUAUCCCAGAAUGACGUGGAGGAGACGAGCAGGAUCUUCAAGCAAGGGUAUGGCGCCUACCGGUGCAAACUGUGUCCGUACACACACGGCACUUUGGAGAAACUAAAAAUCCACUACGAGAAGUAUCACAAUCAGCCUGAAUUUGAUGUCUUUUCCCAGUCGCCCCCGAAGCUGCCAGUCCCCCUCGAGCCCGAGAUGACCACUGAAGUGAGCCCUUCCCAAGUCUCCAUCACUGAGGAGGAGGUGGGAGAGGAGCCCGUGUCCACUUCUCACUUCUCUACCUCCCACCUGGUCUCCCACACUGUGUUCCGGUGCCAGCUCUGCAAGUACUUCUGCUCCACGAGGAAGGGGAUCGCCAGGCACUACCGCAUCAAGCACAAUAAUGUCCGAGCCCAGCCAGAAGGCAAGAACAACCUCUUCAAGUGUGCCCUGUGUGCCUACACCAACCCCAUCCGCAAAGGUCUGGCAGCCCACUACCAGAAGCGCCACGACAUUGAUGCGUAUUACACUCACUGCUUGGCAGCCUCCAGGACCAUCAGCGACAAGCCCAACAAAGUGAUCAUCCCAUCCCCGCCCAAGGACGACUCCCCUCAGCUGAGCGAGGAACUCCGGCGGGCAGUGGAGAAGAAAAAGUGCUCCUUGUGCUCUUUCCAGUCGUUCAGCAAGAAGGGCAUCGUGUCCCAUUACAUGAAACGCCACCCAGGGGUGUUCCCAAAGAAGCAGCACGCCAGCAAGUUGGGGGGCUACUUCACGGCCGUCUAUGCAGAUGAGCAUGAGAAGCCCACGCUGAUGGAAGAAGAGGAGAGAGGCAGCUUUGAGAAAGCCGAGGUGGAGGGUGAAGCUCAGGAAAUCGAGUGGCUCCCGUUCCGCUGCAUCAAAUGCUUCAAGCUGUCCUUUAGCACUGCAGAGCUGCUGUGCAUGCAUUACACUGACCACCACAGUCGGGACCUAAAGAGGGACUUCAUCAUUCUGGGCAACGGCCCCCGCUUGCAGAACUCCACCUACCAGUGUAAGCACUGUGAUAGCAAACUGCAAAGCACAGCCGAGCUGACCUCACACUUGAACAUUCACAAUGAGGAAUUCCAGAAGCGUGCCAAACGUCAGGAGAGGAGGAAACAGCUUUUGAGCAAGCAGAAAUAUGCAGAUGGUGCUUUUGCAGAUUUCAAACAAGAGAGGCCUUUUGGUCACUUAGAAGAGGUGCCAAAGAUCAAGGAGAGGAAAGUGGUGGGCUACAAAUGUAAAUUCUGUGUGGAAGUGCACCCAACGCUCCGAGCCAUCUGCAAUCACCUCCGAAAGCACGUCCAGUAUGGCAAUGUCCCAGCUGUGUCAGCUGCUGUGAAGCAGGAGGCGGAUGACCCUGCCCACUUGUUCCUGGAUGGAUUGGAAGCAGCCAAAGACGCCAGUGGUGCCCUGGUGGGCCGGGUGGAUGGUGAACACUGCUUGCUUGAUGGAAUGUUGGAGGAUGAAACCCGGCCGGGGGGAUACCAUUGCAGUCAAUGUGACAGAGUCCUGAUGUCCAUGCAGGGGCUGCGUUCUCAUGAGAGGAGCCACCUGGCCCUGGCCAUGUUUACCCGCGAGGACAAGUACAGCUGCCAGUAUUGCUCGUUUGUUUCUGCUUUCAGGCACAAUUUGGAUCGCCAUAUGCAAACCCACCACGGACACCAUAAACCAUUCCGAUGCAAACUCUGCUCCUUCAAGUCCUCCUAUAACAGCCGGCUGAAAACACAUAUACUCAAAGCUCAUGCUGGUGAGCAUGCCUACAAGUGUUCUUGGUGCUCAUUCUCCACCAUGACAAUCAGCCAGCUGAAGGAACACUCCCUCAAGGUCCACGGAAAAGCCCUGACCCUCCCCAGGCCACGGAUCGUCAGUCUCCUCUCCUCACACUCCCACCACUCCUCCCAAAAAGCUACCCCGGCUGAAGAAGUGGAAGACUCCAAUGACUCAUCAUAUUCAGAGCCCCCAGAUGUUCAGCAGCAGUUGAACCACUAUCAGUCAGCUGCCCUGGCAAGGAACAACAGCCGUGUUAGCCCUGUGCCUCUUUCUGGGGCUGCUGCUGGCACUGAGCAGAAAACUGAAGCCGUGCUUCACUGCGAAUUCUGUGAAUUCUCCUCCGGCUACAUCCAGAGCAUCAGGCGUCAUUACCGGGACAAGCAUGGUGGGAAGAAGCUUUUCAAGUGCAAAGACUGCUCCUUUUACACAGGCUUUAAAUCUGCUUUUACUAUGCACGUGGAAGCUGGGCACUCAGCGGUUCCCGAGGAGGGCCCCAAAGAUCUUCGCUGUCCUCUCUGCCUCUAUCACACCAAAUACAAGCGCAACAUGAUUGACCACAUCGUGCUGCACCGAGAAGAGCGUGUUGUCCCCAUUGAAGUUUGCCGGUCCAAACUGUCCAAAUACUUGCAGGGAGUAGUUUUCCGCUGUGAUAAGUGUACCUUCACCUGCUCCAGUGAUGAGAGCCUCCAGCAACAUAUAGAAAAGCACAAUGAACUGAAACCUUACAAAUGCCAGCUCUGCUACUAUGAGACCAAGCACACGGAGGAACUGGACAGCCACCUUCGGGAUGAGCAUAAGAUGAUUUGCAUUAUAAUGGGAAAAGCUUGAGCUGUGUCAUCUGGAGAUCUGAGUCCUAACUAAUCCUGGCUUCAUCACUUACCUGUUUUGUGAUCUUCAUCUACAAAUAUAGAAGGCAACACAUUUACUGCACAAUGGUCGUAAGGGAUAAGUGAUACACGUAAAAACUACUGGGGGCAUUUUUAGCACAAUAGUUAUUUGGUAAGUAUUGAAACAAAAUCAUUUAGAAAGUGCCUACUUUUAUUCUCUCAUUAACAAGCAACUUUAUUUCAUGGGAUGCAAAUCUUAUGGCCAUUUUAUUAUUAUUAUUAUACUUUAAGUUCUAGGGUACAUGUGCACAACGUGCAGGUUUGUCACAUAGGUAUGCAUGUGCCAUGUUGGUGUGCUGCACCCAUUAACUCGUCAUUUACAUUAGGUAUAUCUCCUAAUGCUAUCCCUUCCCCCUACCCCCACCCCAUGACAGGCCCCAGUGUGUGAUGUUCCCCACCCUGUGUCCAAGUGUUCUCAUUGUUCAAUUUCCACCUAUGAGUGAGAACAUGCAGUGUUUGGUUUUCUGUCCUUGUGAUAGUUUGCUCAGAAUGAUGGUUUCCAGCUUCAUCCAUGUCCCUACAAAGGACAUGAACUCAUCCUUUUUUAUGGCUGCAUAGUAUUCCAUGGUGUAUAUGUGCCACAUUUUCUUAAUCCAGUCUAUCAUUGAUGGACAUUUGGGUUGGUUCCAAGUCUUUGCUGUUGUGAAUAGUGCCACAAUAAACAUACGUGUGCAUGUGUCUUUAUAGCAGCAUGGUUUGUAAUCCUUUGGGUAUAUACCCAGUAAUGGGAUGGGUGGGUCAAAUGGUAUUUCUAGUUCUGGAUCCUUGAGGAAUCACCACAGUCUUCCACAAUGGUUGAACUAGUUUACAGUCCCACCAACAGUGUAAAAGUGUUCCUAUUUCUCCACAACCUCUCCAGCACCUGUUGUUUCCUGACUUUUUAAUGAUCGCCAUUCUAACUGGUGUGAGAUGGUAUCUCAUUGUGGUUUUGAUUUGCAUUUCUCUGAUGGCCAGUGAUGAUGAGCAUUUUUUCAUGUGUCUGUUGGCUGCAUAAAUGUCUUCUUUUGAGAAGUGUCUGUUCAUAUCCUUUGCCCACUUUUUGAUGGGGUUGUUUGAUUUUUUCUUGUAAAUUUGUUUAAGUUCUUUGUAGAUUCUGGAUAUUAACCCUUUGUCAGAUGGGUAGAUUGUAAAAAUUUUCUCCUAUUCUAUAGGUUGAUCUUAUGGCAAUAUUAUGAAGUCUUUAUACCUUAUGAUCUCUCAUGGGUUUUCAUGUUACUGGUAAAUUCAAAUAGCAUUUAUUGUGUGUCAAGUGUAUGACUCUGCACUGAGCCUAUAAAGCUAAGUAAGAAAUGGUUGCUACCCUGGAAGAGUUUAUAAGCAACUAGGUGAGACAAGUUUAAACAAAGAAGCACAAUUCAGCAUGUUACUUGCUUGAUAAGAGGUAGUUUUAAAAUUGGAGAGGAGCACAGUGCACAACAAAUAUAGUUUCAUGGCUCAGGUUCCAUAGAACUUCAAUACUGCCUAACUGGUUUGUUUGGCUGAAUAUCUUUUCUUUCUUUCCCCCCUCCAGCUUUAUUGAGGUAUAAUUGAUAAAUGAAAUUGUAUAUAUGUAAGGUGUACAAUGUGAUGGUUUGAUAUAUGUGAAGAAAAGGGGAACCCUUGUGCACUGUUGAUAGGAAUGUAAAUUGGGAGAGCCAUUAGAGAAAACAGCAUGAAAGCUCCUCAGAAAAUUAAAGAUAGAACUACCAUAUGAUACAGCAAUCCCACUUCUGGAUAUUUAACUAAAGGAAACAAAAUCAGUGUCUCAAAGAGCUACUGCACUCCCAUGUUCCCUGCAACAGUAUUCACAAUAGAAUAGCCAAGACAUGGAAGCAGCCUAACUAUCCAUUGAUGGAUGAAUUUUUUAAAAAGUGGUACAUAAACACACAAUGGAAUAUUAUUCAGCCAUGGAAAACAGACAUUCUACCAUUUGGGACUGUAUGGACAAACUUUGAAUAUCCUUCCUUGAAGCUUUUACAAGAACUCUAAUUGAGGUGCUCUUAUCUGAGAAUUCAAGAUUUUUUUACCUGCACUUUUGACCAUCUUGCUGUAAGAAAUCGUAGAGACAAUACUUUGCUGAAUCUUUGUCCCACUGUUUUCUUUCCCUCAUUCCCAUUCUGAUUUUUAAGGACAGACAAAGAAGAUCUGUCUGUUGAGUAGACCACUUGGUACGUUAGGGGUUGGCAAACUAUGGUGCAUGGACCAAAUCUAGUCCACCUCCUUUUUUAUAUGGUCCACUCUCUAAGGAUGGUCUUGACAUGUUUUAGUGAUUGAAAAAGUAUCAAAAAAAUUGUAAUGUGAAAUAUGAAAUUCAGAUUUCACUUUCCCUAAAUAAAGCUUUAUUGGAAUACAGCCAUGGUCAUCCAUUGACUUAUUGUUUAUGGUUGCUUCUGAGCUACAACAGCAGUUGAAUAGUUGUAACAAAGACUAUAGAGUCCAGAAAGCCUAAAAAUAUUUACUUAUCUGGCCCUUUACACAAAAAGUUUACCAGCCUGUGUUAUAAGUCAUUCAAAAUCUUCACAGCACUGCACAUUCUUUUUAACAUCAGCAUGCAGUAUUAGGUAAUAUGAGCAUCCUGGUUGGGUGCCUCUUUUUGAAGCUACAAAUGUUAAGUAAGAGGGGCAACCUUAGAGUUAAAAAUUCUGGAAACAUUAAGUGGACUUUCUCAAUCUCAAUCUGUCCUAUUUGAUGCCUGCAAUGUAAUCUGAAGACAAGGGUUCCAGUUCCAUUCUAUCAUUAGCAAGCACAUUCAUAUCAGUCUUCUAUCAGACUGGGUUUGCUAUCCUAGUACAAUAUGAAAAUGCAUAUUCAACUUGAUAAUAUUUGUAAAUCACAUAUAAUUAUUAUCACCUUAGAAUAUGCCAGAAGUAUGGAAAUACAUGCUAAGACCAGAUCUAAACCAUUUUACUGAAUAGUUAAAAGCCAACAAAUAGACAAGUGUGGAAGUGGUUUUGCAGUGUCCUCACUUCAUUGUUAAAGGAUAAAACAUUUGACACCUCAUCUCACUUUUAUUUUUAUUUAUUUAUUUAUUUUUUUGGGACGGAGUCUUGCUCUGUCACCCAGGCUGGAGUGCAGUGGCAUGAUCUUGGCUCACUGCAACCUCCACUUCCCAGGUUUAAGCAAUUCUCCUGCCUCAGCCUCCCAAGUAGCUGGGAUUACAGGUACCCGUCACCACACCUGGCUAAUUUUUGUAUUUUUAGUAGAGACGGGGUUUCACCAUGUUGGCCAGGCUGGUCUCAAACUCCUGACCUCAAGUGAUCGACUCAUCUCAGCCUCCCAAAGUGCUGGCAUUACAGGUGUGAGCCACCGCAGCCAGCCCUCAUCUCACAUUCUCAUUAGACAGAUGACUUCACCAAACUCUGGGUUAGUGGCCUUCACAGGGGACCUUGAGUGAAUGGGCAUUCACAGAUAGCUUUCACAGGAAUAAAGAUCUGCAUAUAGGUUUCUAGUCUGAAUUAUUAUGUAUCUGAACAAUCCACCCUUCAAGAACAUAUACGGCUUCUUUUGCCUGCAGAAAGAGCCUGGAAGGAGCCGGGUUCUAAAUCUCAAACUCUUAAGCUUGCUCCUUCUCCCUUUGUUGUGGGCCUUUGGGGAAAUGAUAAUAAACUGCUUCUCAUCUUUAGAGGAAACAAGUGUGUUUCUCUCAAUAUGUCAUCUGCAUCAUCAAGGAGUUAUUCAAAUACCCACCAAUCUCCGGGCCCAAAAAGUAGUGUAAUCAGUUCAAAAUAUAUGGGAACUUUUAUAAAGUCUAUACCCUUUGACUUUGACCCUGUAAUUUCACAUCUGGAAAUUUAGCCUAUAAAAUUAAAACUAAGCAUGAAAGAAAGGCUUAAAUACAAUAAGGUUUAUUACUUUUUGUAACAAACAUUUUUAAUAGUGAAAAGCCAGAAAUCAUCUACCGUAAAUUCAUAUGGGAAUGAAUAGUCAAGUAAACUAUCAUAUGCCUACUUGAUGAAAUGCUAUGCAGUGAUUAAAAAUUAUGUUUAUUCAGAGAAUGAUGUGUACACUAUGCCAGGCAUGAAAAAGUUGGAUAUACACUUGUUUGUUUUAAAAUGAUAACAGCAAUGUAAAUAAUCUACAGACAGAGAACAGGAAUACAGAACUACUUUAAUUCAUUAACAGUUAUUAUGUAUAGGUAGUUGGACUUUAAAUGAGUUUUUCUUAUUUUCAUAAAUUUUUUGUGAAUGUUUAUAUAAAAGAAACUAUUUUAAAUGAAAAUGAAGAUAUCCGGUAGCCAGGAGGUGAGAAUAACACCCUCUCUUAAUCUAGACACUGUGCUGGCCAGUGGGGGUUCAGCUGUAAGUAAGACUCACAGCAAGUCUGUCCUCAUAGUUUGUAGUUGGACUGGGGAGGGGCAGGCCAUAAACAAUUCAUUACUGAAUGGGGUGAGCUCUUGAAGGCGGGGUGCAGAAUGCUGUGAACACAUGGAGCAAGGAUGUCAAACACAGGAGGAGUUUAGGGAAGGUCUCCCAGAAGAAGUGACAGAAGCAGGGCUAGGAGAUUAAGGACUCAACACAUGAAGCCAGCAGGCAUGAGAGAGUUUCAGACAGGUGAGAUGGUGGAGGCAUAGACUCCUCGAGGGCCUGCCAUAUUCCAGGACCUCAGUAAGUUCAGGGUGGUGGGAGCAAGGGGGAGCCUGGAGAAGAUGGGCCAGAAUAACAUGAGAGCCCGCCAUGUAAACGACAGUUAAGAAAUGUGUAUUUCAUCCUCAGGGCAAGCAGAGACUGACAUGAAGAGAUUUACAUUUUGUUAAAGAUUGCUUUGACCACACUAAAGAAUCAGGUACAAGAAGGGACAAGAGUAGGUGCUAGGAGACCAACAUGGGAGGGGAAGGAGCUGGCAGUAAUCCAGGUAAAAGAUGAUAAUGGGCUCAGGAAUGCGGAAAAGAGUCUUCCUUUUGUGUUAGGAUUAAUAUUUGGAUAGAUGGCUUGGGGAUUUCAAAUACCGUCAUAACCCAAAACAAUAAAGAGUUUUUAUUUUAAAAUCUUCUAAUUACAUAGCAAAAAUUUUAGUUCUCAUUUUUGAAUCUUUUAAUUGCCUAGCAAAGAUUUUAGAAAUCUUCAGGACCAAAUAAAUCCUGGGUUAGCCUGGGAUGAACAUCAUACUGUGAAAAUGUCAUGUACUAUUUUAAAAUCAUGCAGAAUUUAAAAUGUUAACAGUUUUCCAGUGAAGGGAUGAUGGUGCUGGGAAAAUGGACAAAUACAGUCUUCAAAAAAACCCAGAAUGAGGGGGAAAAAAAUAACAUUUGGUUUGGUGACAGAUCUCCUUCUGUCACCAAGAGCUCCAAAGGAAGCAGGGGUUCCAGUGUGGACCCCAGAGGCUGGCACACAGCAAGCCAGCCCUCCAGGAAUCCUUGAUGAAUGAAUGAAUGAAUGAAUUAAAACAACUGGAUUAAAGCAGAUGUUUGAGGAUUCUUCUUUGGUCUCCUUGGUUUCAUUGUUUUUGUUUCCUGGUGACAGCCCACCCCUCAUGUCCUUUACACAUAUUUAUAGUUUCCCUGAUUCCUAAUGGUGAGAAGUGCAGGAGAAAGUGGCCCAGGAAAGGCUGCCUUUUAUGUGCUAGUCACUUAAAAAUACUUCUCUUCAAAUAUGUUUAAAAAUUAGGCAAAUUGGAACCUUGCCCACUUUUCCUGAAAAACUAGCAAGCCAGAAAACUUUUUAUUCAAAUAUUUAUCAUGAAUGCUAUUUGGCUAAAAUGUAGACUUUGUGGCUAAACAUAACUUCGUAAAUAUGCAUUUACAAUGCUUGUUGUAAGCAUUCCCAAGAGCCAAAACUAGAAAAGGCUCACAUUCCCAGAAAGGGGAAGGAAAUUACAUUUUGGGGGACUGUUGUGUCUCAAGCACUAUGCUGACCUCCUUUUACAAAUGAAGAUAUCAAGGACAUAUACUGAGUGAUUUAUCCAGAAUCUAGUGGUUAAUGGCAAAUCCUAAACUUGAACUCAGGUCUGUCUGACUUCAAAGAGCAUUUUCUUGUGCUAUCCCUUUUUGCUCUUAUGUCAUAAAAGGAAAUCAAUGAAAAUGUUAAAGCCCUAGUUAGUAAGGUGCUACAAGCAAAAGUCCUUUGGAAACCGUUACUGUGGACUUAGAGGGGAAGAAAGAGAAAUCAGGAUUCGGAAUUGACCUCUUUCUCCUCUUGCCUUAGUCCCUUAAUUUUUAUAGCUUUUUUAAUUGAGAAAAACAAGAAGUUGCCUUCCCUGCUUGCUUAGCGUUGGCAUUGUUGUCGCGUCUUGUCCACCCCCAUGUUGAGUUGUUUUCAAAGUUAACUAAUUUCAUGGAUUUCAUUGUUAUAGAUAGAUCAGUGUAUUGCUUCUCCUGUUUUAAAAGAGGUUUUUCCCUGAGUUCUUCUCCUCCUGAAUGCUACCUAUCUCUUACAGGAUGUUGUUGGGACAGUAUUCAGUCUCAGUGUCUAAGGCCUGGUACGCUGAGGCUCUUUACAUUUGUCACAGUCGAUAAUGAUGUUCCCAUCUGCCAGGCACAUGGAAUUGGUGGCAUUCAGCAAAUCUUUGUUCCAGUCUGGUCCCAGAGACUAUUUUGGAAUUGUCUUGUAAAUUAUCUCUUUCCUCUCCUGUGUCCUCAUCAUCUAGCUGUGUCCUCAUCAUCUAGCUGUGCCCUACUGUGGCAGCUAGGGAAGUCGGCCUCGGAAUCUAAUUAAUGAUGUCUGUCUUCCCUCUUCAACUCAACUGUGAGCCUCUGGAGGCCAGAACCAGGUCUCAUUCAUCUUGUAUGUCCCCUCCCCAGGCCUCCAACAAGGGGAGCAUAACACCUUACAUAGAAGGCGUAGCCCAUGGCAAUUUUUUGACUUUAGCCCUGCACCAGCUUGUCAUGCCUGAUCAUUCUAUGCAUUCAACUGGAGAGGUUCUGAAAAUCGAUUCAUGAUGAAGGUAAAUUUUGUGCUGCCAUUGAUCUGAGAACCCAAAAUGGAAAAAUCAUUAAAGACUUUUCUUAGUGUAGAUUUUUGUUUCCCUCCAAUGAUACUUUGAAGAAAGCUUGGAUUCCCACAUUAUUCUGACCACAUUUUACAUAAAUAAAAACCAGCCGUAGUUAACACUUUUAAAGGGCUUUUAGGGGUUAGUCAUCUAGGUUUUUCUCAGAUAAUCCCAGCCUUGAUACAUAGGCUGUGGUCAGCUUCAAAAACAGUAGUAACACUAAUAGUAAUAAUACUAUCUUCCAUUUAAACUAGAGUUAAGGAUCAGAUGGCUGUCAUCUGGCCUAAGCUGGGACAGCCUGCAACACCCUGGUUGAUGGGAUCGUGGCAAAGAAGGUUGUAUUGUGUCUCAUUGCUAGUGGUCGGCAUGCUUGCAGAACUUCUUCACCUGCAGAAGUAUUUGAAACUUGGGUUGUUAUGAGAGUUACACCUUUGAAUUCAACUACAAAAAAAAAAGUGUUUUGGAUAUUUACUCUCUAUACUCUAGCCUUCAUUUUACUUUUGGUCUCCUGUGUACUAUAGCUCAUGUUUCUUCACAAGUUUGGUAAUGAAGGUCCAGUGUACAAAAGUUGCGGUGAAAAUGAUGGAAUGUGGGAGCAAAGGGCAGCUCCAUCUCCAAAAGAGUCAAAACGAAGAAAAAGACCUCUUAGGCCCCGGAGUUGUUUGGUCCUGGUUGCAAAACCACAGUCACAGGAAAAUGAUGUUAGAAAGAUCUCUCCAUCAGGGAGAACCCCAUUUGGUCUGCGGUUUAUUAUUCCAUCAUUUGUUUGGGCCUUUUUCAGGUAAGCCGUAACUUUGAGCUGGUUGGACGGGUUAACUUGGAUCAGCUGGAACAGAUGAAGGAGAAAAUGGAGAGCUCCAGCAGCGAUGAUGAGGACAA